CCUGGCCGCCAUCUUGUUAGUGAUAUCGCGUACUGUACACACAGGAGAGCGGAAUUAAAGACCCACUUGUGAGGAGACAUGGCUUCUGACGACUAUGAUAUUGUGAUAGAAGCAAUGCUGGAAGCUCCCUAUCAAAGCCAAGAGACCGAGGCAAGUCAGGUUAUUUUCUUGUACUCGAGUUGGUAAAGAUGUGCAAAGCAAUCUUUAUAUCAUUCAACCCUUUCACUGCCAGGGAUUUCAGGAUGGUUUUCACACCAUUUUGCUGCCACAAAUCCUGAAUUAUAAAAACAGUAGGUAAGAAAGGAACGAAGACACUGGAUACAUUGUGCAAAUGCUCCCCGUACGUUACACUCUUGGGUGCCUUCAUGCCGCAAAGCAUAAUGUUUUGUAGACCAAAAUGAACAGAAAUGUAUGUUUGUGGCUGAAAGGCCGAACCAAAUGGAUGCCUAGAUUCGCAGCACCUCGUAAGAGAAGACCUCAAGGCCAGGGUUACUUCGAGGCUUUUUUUCGCAGACAUUUAGCGCUACUUAUUGUUUUUUUGUUUUUUUUGUUUAAAAGGGUAUUCCAGUUGUAGCAAGUUGUCCCCUAUCCACAGUAUAGGGAAAAAAUAUUAGAUACAAGGCCCUCAAAGUGAAUGAGUAGCAGGUUGACCGUGCACGGUGCCGCUCUAUUUAUCUCUAUGGGAGUUCUGGAGAUGGCAGAGUACACUUCUGUAUUUCCAGAACUCCAUCCAACUCGCCAUAGAUUUGGGUGGGGGGGCUGUGUGGUCGGAGGGGGGCCCGGCAGUAGAUAUAAACUGUAGCCCUUGGUGUAUGACCACUCGGCACAGUCGUGACACGGCCAUUCUGCAUUCGAGUGCAUCAUGGCUGUAUAGGCCGCAGCACUGUAAUUUACCUAAGACUGCACUGUUUAGUUGUUAUUAAUUGCCGUGUGGUAUUGAAAGUGCCACAUGGCCAUUAAUUAUACAGCCAGCCUAAACGGUACGGUCUCAUUAGUUUACCUAGAGCCAACUGUGGCGGUACUCGAACGCAGUGCGGCCACGUUUCAAGCACCACAUGAUGGUGCCGUAAUCCUUUAAAGCCAUAUUGCAUUCGUCCCCGCGAGCGCUUCGUAUACCAGUCUUAAACAAAAGCACAUUGGAGUAAUAUCCACCAAAUUUAUUACAUUACACACUCAGUGCAGGUGUGGAUUUCUACUAUUUCUGUAGUGAAUCCCACCCACUUUUCUAGCAAAUUUUAGUAAAAAUAUGGCAAACCAAGAGAUGACAUUGUGAACUCCUGGUAGAGCCAGGGCCAUUUGUGACAAGUGACUUUUAGUUGGGAGUUGUUUGCGUCCAACCUGAUGGGAGAGAUUAAGGAACUCCCAUCUAUUAUUAUUAUUAUCUCUGGCCUGGUUGAAAGUUACAUGAUGUAAAUUGUAGUGAAGCUAAUCUUCUUGCUAGUGGCUGUAUUUGUGAGCUAUAACCUCCCCCCUGAUCCUCAGCUGUGUCAUGUGACCAACUCUAGGAUCUCCAUUUGAUAGUGUCUUAUUUGUGGACAGGAAGUCCGUUUCUCCAUUUAUUCCUGUGAGACUGACAUUGAGGCUUUCAUAGGAGAGACUAGAGAAACUGACGUCCUGUCCACACAUAAGACAUAGGGGGCAUUUAUCAAAAUUGCCCAUAGCAAUCAAUCUGACCCCCAACUUUUAUUUUCAAAAGGAGCUCUGAAAAAUGAGAAGUGAAUUUGGUUGCUAUGGGCAAACUUGACUGCCUAAUGUCUGCGAUGAGAGUCAAGUUUGCAUUGUGCUCUGUAAAUUUCGUUAAUAUUUGUGGACUUUGAAGAGUUUAAGGGUUUGACUACGCUGUGAUUUUGGGCGUGACAUGUGUCUAGUGCCCAAGUAUCGCAGGGCAGCCAUAGCAAUGGAUGGGGUUUCAGCAUGACUUGCACAUUUGCUGUGACCCUAACACUCGAAUUGCAAAGAAAUCCAACCCUGCUGGUUUUCGUGUGCAGCGUAUACAACAAAUGUGCAAAUCGUGCUGCAACCCAUCCAUUCCUAUGGCGGCCCUGCUAUACUGCCAUACUCGGGGAGACUAAAAUCACUGUAUAGCUGAACCCUAAAGGGGCCUCUGGAAACAAUUAGUUUUUACCUAAUGUCGCAGCCUGCCUCCGUUAACCAAAGAUUCACACUUGUCUUCUCCCUGCCGCUCCGGUGUGUCUGUCUUCCUAUCCCAUCCUUCUUCUGGUACAGUAUACUCUGCUGUAGCCAAUGACUGGCUACAGCAGUGAAUUGCCACUUGUGAACACCUCACCACUAAAGGCAGUCAUUGGCAGCAACCAAUCAUGUGACAGUACCCAUGCUGUACCAGGAGAAAGCCAGGAGGGGAUCUAAAAAAGUACCCACUAGAGUAGGCAAGGUAUGAUUCUUCUGUUUACUGAGGCAGGCUGCGGACAUUGGGUAAAAACUGCCUAUUCCUGGACAUCUCAUAUUAGCUCCCUUCUUUCUUGUGCUACAGUGAGAUGCUCUAUAUAGGUAACACUAACCCCGCAGCGAUGCCAAACCCAGUGCCACUUUCUGCUUCUAGUACACAGUGAAUCUUGAGUUGCAGGACUCCUUGGAUGGUGUCUUGUGACUUUUGAUGAAUGUGGACCGUAGGGUUAUCUGAAUUGGGGUACUGCUGUUAGAAAACCUCACACAAGUGUUAAAGGUGAUGGGCUUGAAUAACUAUUUUGUUUCCUGGUCCGUUAAGUUCACGCUGUCACUUGCUCAAUAACACACUGCUCCCUUUCUUUUCAUAGAACCUAGUCCUCCCUGCCCUGCUCAACUGGGGAAGGGGCUUGAAAAGAUUGUGGCGUCAAGACAACCAGCAGGAUCAAAGAAAAGCUGUUUUUUUGUGUUUGAGGUUUAGUACCUCUUAUUACUUACAUUUGUCAUUUUAGAGUGGGAGCAUUAAGUCUCCUUUCAUAAACCCCCCAAAAAGUUAAACUUUGCAAGGUUCUGACCACUUUUGAAAGGUGAUUACUUCAUGUUAUCCAAAUCACUGUUUGAUAUUUACAAGAGAUCUAGACGUUCAUUAGAUGUAGCCGGUUACAUAAAACUUGAAUAUUACUGAGAAAUACAGUUGAAGUUCAAGCUUUGCGUUUCUAAAUCUUUAUUGUAUGAUCAGCCUAGAAUGACAAGUCAUUGUGUCUGCGUAACUGUCAUCAAUGCCUCAUUAAUUUGCUACCAGUGUGUAAUUGCCAAAAGUCAUAAAGCAAUAUGCCCUCUGUUUGCUCCAGGCCGAGGAGUUUGAGAGUCAAGCUACAGUGGGGAAAAAACCUAUAAUAACUAAUUUAUGUAUCAGGAAGAAAUUUCAAACAAAGAGUUAAAGGAGCGAGAAAGCAGGAGCCGUUCUGGCAAAAAUGGCAGCCACAGUAGCAGCAGCAGAAAAAGUCGAACUCUGAGUCGUGAUCGACGUAGAAGCCGUAGUCGGAGCAGGGAGAGACACAGAAGGAGGAGCAGCAGGCAUAGAAGUCAUGAACGUCGAUACAGAAGCCGUAGCGGAGGCAGGGGGUACAGAUCUAGGAGCCGUGAUCGGAGCCACCGCCGUGAACGUUCCAGGCACUACAGUCCUGGGCGACGUUAUACACGCAGUAAGAGUCGCAGUCCCCGGCACAAAGAAAAGAGCCCUCUCAGGAAACCUGAACCUAAUUUGACUCCAGAAGAACGGGAUGCCCGGACAGUGUUCUGUAUGCAGCUGGCUGCGCGCAUUCGUACACGAGACUUGGAAGACUUUUUUUCAGCCGUUGGAAAAGUACGUGAUGUAAGGAUAAUUUCCGACAGAAACUCGCGCAGGUCAAAGGGCAUAGCGUAUGUCGAAUUUGUUGACAUCCAGUCUGUGCCUCUCGCUAUUGGGCUAACUGGACAAAGGUUGCUGGGUGUGCCUAUCAUUGUGCAGGUUUCACAGGCUGAAAAGAAUCGCCUGGCUGCCAUGGCCAGUAAUCUCCAGAGGUGUAACACUGGACCCAUGCGUCUGUAUGUAGGAUCUUUACAUUUUAACAUCACAGAAGAAAUGUUGACGGGAAUAUUUGAACCUUUUGGAAAGAUUGAGCAUAUACAGCUUCUGAGAGAACCUGAUACUGGACGGUCCAAAGGAUAUGGUUUUAUAACUUUUGUAGAUGCAGAGUGUGCUCGUCGGGCUCUGGAACAGCUGAAUGGAUUUGAACUGGCUGGUCGACCAAUGAAGGUUGGUCUCGUGACAGACAGAGCAGAUGGCAAUACUGACCCCUCAUUCCUUGAUAAUGAUGACCUGGAGCGCAGUGGUAUUGAUCUGGGUGCAACUGGGCGAUUGCAGCUUAUGGCUAAAUUGGCAGAAGGUACAGGUCUGCAGAUACCUCUUGCUGCCCAGGCUGCUCUUCAGCUUAAUGGAGCUAUUCCGCUGACUGCCUUGAAUCCUGCCCUUUCAGCUCUCAGCCCUGCCCUCAGCUUGGCAACACAGCCCAUCUCCACACAGUACAUCCCGCUUUCACAGCUCUUCAACUUGCAAUCUAUGUAAACGAGGAAAAGCUUUGCUUACAGAUUCAGAAUUAAUCUGUGUGACUUGUUGUACAGACCUUGUUGUGUGUGUGUGUUUUUUUUUUUUUGUUUUUUUGUUUGUUUUUUGUUUGUUUUUUUUUUUGUUUUUUUGUUUGUUUUUUUUCUUCCUUCCUUCCCUGUUUCUACUCUGCUGAUUGGCUGGGUGCGGAAACCCAGAAUCGGUCACACUUUAUUUUUGUAAAAAGAUGGUUGGAAAAAAGGAUUUUGUAAAUACAUAUGCACACUUACACCUAAUAUAUCUAUAGCUGGAGAUUGUUCUCCAUUAAAGUAGGGUUUUGUACCUUUUUUUUUUUUUUUUUUUUUUUUUUUUUUGUGUGCUGUAGAGACUUCGGCAUCUUCGCACCCCUCUGUACCCUUGGGAGCAUGCUCUCGGAGGGUUAGACUUGUAGAAUAUGUAAAUAAUGAUACGUGUAGAUGGUUUUGUGCAAUCUGUGUAUGUUUGGAUGUGUAUAAAACAUGCUGAUCUACACUAAAAUGGUGAAAUCACAUUUAAAGCAGCAUCCUCCGUGGCACUGCAGAAUGUUUCGCUUAUUGUGCAGCACAAGUUAUGUUUUGGCAUCUGGUUCCCCCUCACAGCGGCUCACCAGUACUCCUCUCUGGCUGCUGUGAUGUUUUGACCUGGAUAUUGCAUUAAACUGUAUACAGUGCUUAUUAGGGAAGACCUCACAUUUCACUCUCUGUAUCUAUUACUACCUCAAGUAACAGAAGGAAAACAUUCAAUUACGUGAACCUUAAAGAGCACCAGUCUCCCCUCCUGACAUGCCUCUUUUACUAAUUUGUAUUCCAAAUGAAAUUACUAUUCUGGAGUGCCCUUCAUAUAACUCUUUUAAGCCAGUUCUAUGUUAUUGCUGAGAGAAGUUUAUGAACAAAGUUGGGGGGUCGUCCCUGUGCAGUCUCACCCUGUCCAGUCAGUGCUGCCAGUGUGGAACUGUGCAGGAACACACCGCCAACUAGUAAAACCGUUAAAUAAAACCCAGACCUGUCGAGAGGUGAAAGAUCAUCUGUAAGCCUAUCUGAAUGUUUCAGUCCAUGGUUUAAUUUUCAUCUUGUAUCUGUAAGUGUUUCAGAGUGUGUGGUGAGCAAGGUGGUCUUUAGGGGUUGUAUAGCUUUCUAUAAUUCCAGUUCAUCUCUAAGUGAUCGUGUGUAUCGCAUCCCUGCUACAGUUAAAACUUACAAGGUUAUACAAUUGGGUUACCCUACAAGGUUAUAAGAAUGUAGUGAAGUAAGAAAUGCAACAAUCUGUAGAGUGGAGCAUGCACGGUUACCCUCGCUUGUUAAAGGGGUUGUCCGGGUUCAGAGCUGAACCCGGACAUCCCUCCAUUUUCACCCAGGCAGCCCCCCUGACAUGAGCAUCGGAGCAGCUCAUGCUCCGAUGCUCUCCUUUGCCCUGCGCUA